CCAUUGAUCAACCGACUAAAUAAUCACUGCUUGUACAAUGUACACAACGGACCACAGUGAGCCGACAUCCCUCUCUAUAUUUUUUAUUCUCCAUCUGUAGUCUCUGUAGUAAUGCUACAAAUCGAGUGGAAUGCGUGUGCGUGUAAUCCGUUAGUCGUGUCUGUAGUAUUGCGGCUGCCAGUAAUAUCUUGAACCAUUCAACAUUGUUUACGUUACACCGUGUUGUUGUUAAACUUAAUGCUAAUUUGAACGUGAACACUGCCGCCGCCGUCAUAACUAAUAUUGCAAUAUCGUUGAAUUGUGCUCUACUGUAUUCUCAUUAAUCCCGUUUAAUUAAUCCCGAACGCAUUAUAACUUACACACGCGUUUAUUUGGCCUACGGCUGACUGGGCUUGGCGGUAGUCAUAAUAAUCUUAGCGGAAGUUAAGACCUUGUGCAUGUCGUCGGUAUUGUCAAGAUAGACGUAGUAUCUUCGGGCGCGACUGAACAUUUCCGAUUAAUCUUAAACGGAUUUUAAUUAAAACGACAUGUGCGCCGGCCGCAGGAAAUGAAUAAGCUGUCGUCAACACGGUGGUCAUCACAGCAGAACCUGAUCAUCUUGAGUCGGCCGUCGUCUACGGUGAAGACGUCGUCGAGGGACGAUCGAUUUCGUAGUAAACUCGACAAGCGACACCGCCGUUUGCUUAACCCGUCAACACCGCGGUGCUGCGAUCCCGCGGUGCGUUGACUCUGAACAGGCGCCACCGCAGCUACCGCCGCCCACGCGUUGUUUCUCGCCGACUACAGUCGGUAGUCGCACGCAUACGAAUAAGUAAGCGGCCGAUUCAUUUUGAUACAAAAAGUAUUGGCCGCCACUGUUGUUAACCUCGUCCCUACCGACACCACCGGUCCGUACGCGAAAACAAACCACUUGCCGCUCGUCGCCCGGCGACAACACGCGGUUCCGACGCGCGCGCCUCUGACGCAACAGUCUGUGGCGGCGGAGCAGAAGAAAUGCGGUGCAUGUUAUCGUCGUCACGCAUCUCCAGUUCACCACUGUGAGCUACCUCGUGUGCUUGUAUGGUGCGUGAGAUUGACCUCGCGCACCAUAUGAACCUCCGUUUUUUGCCGUAACCGAAUUUCGUAUUUUUCUAUUUAAGUUGUCGUUGCAACCCGCCAAACGAUCUAAACGUUCGUUGUUUUUUUUAUUGUUUUUAAAAUAAAUCCUCGCGUGUGAUAUUCUACCGUCUACAUUUUAUCGUUCACGUUUCGAAAAAUGAAGUACAAAUUUUUGCUCAAAAACUAGCGUUCAUGAACGUCUGGUCAGCCGUGUUGCUGUUGUGGUCGCUGACGGCGACCGCGGCCUCCCCGGCACCGUACAAAGAGAAGGUAUGCGGUAGUGUGGAAGUGCGGAACAGUGCCACUCGACUGGCGGCCCUCCAGAAUUGCACGGUUGUCGACGGGCACGUGCAAAUCGUGUUGCUCGACUCUACGCAGCCGGAAGACUUCCAACCGUUCUAUGCGCUCCGGGAGAUCACUCAGUACUUGGUCGUCUACCGGGUCAGCGGCUUGGAGAGUUUGGGUAAGCUCUUUCCCAACUUGAUGCUGAUACGAGGCGUCUACAGCUCCAGUUUUCCCGGAAGAGCGCUAAUGGUGCACGACAACAGCCAUCUCUCCGAAAUAGGAUUGUACAAAUUGACGAAUAUCACACAAGGCUCUGUCAUAAUUACGAAAAAUCCAAGACUAUGUCAUGCGACUACAAUCGACUGGGGCCAAAUCACUAAUGGCGUGAGUAAUGAUACCAAUAUAAUAAGUAGUAAUGAAGCAGGACGCUGCCAAGGAUGUUCUAAAUCAGGAUGUCCCGAAGAAAGAUGUUGGAAACAAGAUCCAGCGGAAUGCCAAUUCGGUAAACUUAAAGAUUGCCACCCGUUGUGUGCUGGAGGAUGUUAUGAGAAACAUUCAUCGAAAGAUUGUUAUGUUUGUACAGCGUUUUUACAUAAUGGUGAUUGUAUCCGAGAAUGUCCUGCAGGAUUAUAUGGUCACAUCCGCUCUUGUUUAACUGAAGAACAAUGUCGCAAUUUGACUGUUGAUAGAGAAGAAUCAUCGCUAGAUAUUCUGAAUACUAAUUAUAUUCCAUUCGGACGACAAUGUCUAGAUGAGUGUCCUUAUGAGUUUGAAGUCACACCUGAUGGAAAGAACUGUAAACCAUGUACAAGAACACCUGCAGGAAAUUGUCAACGAAAUUGUAAUGGUUUCAAAAUCACUGAUGAUAUGCUUAGAAGUAGAAAAAGUGAUGAAUACCGUCUGCAUACUAACUGUACGACAAUUAAAUCCUUAGAAAUAGAAGUUAAAUAUGGAUUAAGUGAAGAUGUUGAACGGCGAUUAGAAGAGUAUGUUGGUAAAGUUGAAAUAAUUUUAGACCAACUGAAGAUAAUACGUUCAUAUUCUUUAAAUUCAUUAAAUUUUUUGAGAAAUUUGAGAGAAAUACGAGGUGAAAAUACUGGUAAUAAUAUGUCACUAGUAGUUCGUGGAAAUAAGAAUUUAAAAGAACUAUGGUCUUGGGACCAAAGGUUUUACAAAAAGAAUUUGACUAUAAUGAAUGGAUCAGUGUCUUUUCAUUACAAUCCAAAACUAUGUUACCAAGUAAUAAGAGACUUUGGAGAUACUGUUAAAUUACCAACUUUUUCAGAUUUAGAAGUAUCUUCCAUGUCUAAUGGUGAUCAGUAUGCAUGUUAUGUUACUGAGUUAAAAGUAGAAACUGUUGGAAUAGGGCCACAGUCUAUAAUUUUAAAAAUGCAUAAAGUUCAAGAAACUGAUAAUUUGGAGAGAUUUCUUGUUUACUUUAUUGAAGCAUCGAAAUGGAGUGACAAUAUUGAAACAUCUGAAUGCGAAGACACUAGUUGGAAAAUUGAUGAUAUAAGCUCUAAAAGAGUUUUCAAUGAAACAUCUAUAGAUCAUGUCAUAACUAAUCUUGAACCCAAUACUGAGUAUUAUUAUUAUGUAAAAACCUAUACAAUAGCUUCUAGAACUAGUAAGAGUAGUUUAUUUAAAAACAAAACUCUUCCAUCAAAACCGUCUGCUCCUCAAAAUUUUGCUGCACAACCUUUAUCAAGUUCUGAAGUAGAACUUUCAUGGAAACCACCAUCACAUCCACAUGGUAAAUUAACUAAAUAUAUAAUUAAAGGGUUUCUUUUAAAAGACGAUAGAGUUAUUCUUGAUCAGCGUAACUAUUGUACUAAUAAAAUAGAAACUGAAGAUAAGGAAAAAUUGUAUAAACCACAAACUUAUGUAAAACCAACAGUUGAUCAAUCUUGUAGUCAUUGUGAAUCUCAAAAACCCAGUAUCAACACUAAUAUGUGCAGUAUGUUUGAACAUGGUCUAACUAUUGAUAUUAAUGUAUUAAGUAGCCGAAAAUACAUUUUUGAAACUUGUAGUAAUUUCCUUAAUGUGUUCAUUGAUGCAAAGUGUUUUUCAUUGCAAAACACCGAUGAAAAUAUAUUUCAGAAUUAUGUUAAUGAAAAUUGUAAAGAAGAGUGGUCUAUUAGCAAUGCAUUACAAAAUGUAACUCAAAGAGACAAUAGUUUAAUUAAUUUUUCUCUAGAGCUGAGUGAAAAUUAUACGUCGUAUACUCUUAAAGACUUAGCUCACUUCAGUCAAUAUAUAUUGUCUAUUAUGGUGUGUCGAGAAAUUGUAAGUCAAGAGUUCAUGUUAAGUAAGGUUGAUCAUUGCAGUCAUGAAACCUUGUUGUCAUUUCGAACAUUAAUGAAUUCCAAUGCAGAUGUCAUUGAUUCAAAUCUUGUACAUGCAGCUGUAUAUAACCUUACUGCUAAUAUUUCAUGGGUUGAACCUAUAUUAGUUAACAGUAUAAUUCAUAGUUUUAAGUUAGAAUAUAAACGCGUAAGUUCAUCUGAUACUGAGAGUAAUACUGUAUCUCAAUGUAUAACUAUGAAAGAAUUUGAACGUGGUGGAAGGUCACAUGCUCUUAUAAAUUUAACACCGGGAGAAUAUCAUUUCAGAGUAAGAGCUCAGUCAUUAGCAGGUGAAGGACCAUUUACCCCCUACAAAAUAUUUAUUGUUAAAAGUGACAAUUCUCCAGCUAAUCUAUACUUGGUUUUAAUGGUCAUAUUGUUUGGUGCAUUGCUGAUUGUUUUUGUCGGAUUUAUCGUUCGUACGUAUUUCAAUCAAAAAAUGCUUCAGCGCAAUAGUGUAUUUAAUUUGGCUAACAACCCGGGUUAUGUUGGAGUUUAUGUUGAAGAUGAAUGGGAAUUAGUAAGAGAAGAUGUACAAAUAGUGAAAGUCUUGGGCAGAGGAACAUUUGGUACAGUACAUGAAGGUUUGUUACUGCCUCAUAAUGAGCCAUGUGCUGUUAAAUCUGUUAGCAAGACAAACUUUUUGAAAUAUCAUGCUGAAUUUUUGAAUGAAGCAUCUAUAAUGAAAAAAUUUAGUGAGGCAUAUCAUAUAGUUAAGCUAUUAGGGGUGGUAACAAAGAGCUAUCCUCCUUUAUUAGUUAUGGAACUAAUGGGUAGAGGCGAUUUAAAGAGUGUACUAGUUUCUUCAAGGGAAUCUGGUGACCCACCUCCACCAUCUAGGUAUACUACUAUUCGAAUGGCUGCACAAAUAGCAGAUGGUAUGGCGUUCCUAGAAUAUAACAAAUUUAUUCACCGUGAUUUAGCAGCCAGAAAUUGUAUGGUGGCUAAUGACUUAACUGUAAAAAUUGGUGAUUUUGGCAUGAGUCGACAGAUUUAUGCUGGUAAUUAUUAUCGAAAAGGCAACAAAGGUGAUAUGCCUAUACGGUGGAUGGCACCUGAAGCUAUGGCUGAAGGUGUGUUUACUAGUCAGUCUGAUGUAUGGAGCUAUGGUGUAGUGCUUUGGGAAAUGUUAACAUUAGGAGAACAACCUUACAAAGGAAAAAGCAAUAAUGAUGUUAUGGCCUAUGUGCUUGAUGGCAACAUAUUAGAUUUACCAAUAUUUUGCCCUGAUGUUCUUGCUGGUAUAAUGAAAUCUUGUUGGAGUUGGACAUCAGCACAAAGGCCAAGUUUUAUAAAAAUAAUUGAACUGCUGGAUGCGUUUUUGGAUAAAGAUUUUAAAAAAGUUUCAUUUUAUCAUAACCGCAGUGCUGAUGCUUCAAUUGCUGAAUAUUCACUAAUGUCCCCAAGUACUACUUAUGAAGAAAAUGUUGACAGUGAAAAUCUCAAUACUGAUGGAGGCGACACUGAAGAUGUUUAUGCUUCAUUUAAAGUAGACCCGAGAAAUCUGAGUAAUGGGCAUUUGUCACCAAUGUAAAUUUGUGCUUUGACGAAAAUAAAAGUGAAAAUUUCAUGUUACCAUUUAAGUCUUUAUUUAAAAUAAGGUUUUUUUUACUUUUAUUAUAUUUAUGGUCCAAAAUAGAGCUUAAUUUAGUUUUAUCAUAGACAGUAUAGCUUUUGUUGUUACAUUUCUUUGAGUAAUUUAAUAUUUUAAUGCUGUAAUUUUUAAUGAUAAAAUUAGUUCAUUUUUCAUAAAAAUAUUUUUCUGUACCACCUAUUUGUACAUAUUUUGUUCUAGCAUCUAGUCAGUAUGUGGAAGUUACAUCUUGCUCCACAGUUUAUUUUUUAUUUUUAUUUUAAUACUAUUAUUAUUAUAUUUUGUU